AUGAUUCCUUUUUUAUCCAUAUUUCCCCUACUUUUGCUAUUCAUUUUUAACCCUGCAGAUGCUAAUGGUCAUUAUGACAAGAUUUUGGCUCACAGCCGUAUCAGGGGCCGGGAACAAGGCCCAAAUGUCUGUGCCCUUCAACAGAUUUUAGGCACCAAAAAGAAGUAUUUCAGCACUUGUAGGAACUGGUAUCAAGGUGCCAUCUGUGGAAAGAAAACGACUGUAUUAUAUGAAUGUUGCCCUGGUUAUAUGAGAAUGGAAGGAAUGAAAGGCUGUCCAGCAGUUAUGCCAAUUGACCAUGUUUAUGGUACUCUGGGCAUUGUGGGAGCCACCACAACACAGCAUUAUUCUGAUGUCUCCAAAUUGAGGGAAGAAAUUGAAGGAAAGGGAUCAUUCACCUACUUUGCACCAAGUAAUGAAGCUUGGGAGAGCUUGGAUUCGGAUAUCCGUAGGGGUUUGGAGAGCAACGUUAAUGUUGAAUUAUUGAAUGCUUUACAUAGCCACAUGGUCAAUAAGAGAAUGUUGACCAAGGACUUGAAAAAUGGCAUGGUCGUUCCUUCGAUGUAUAACAAUUUGGGGCUUUUCAUUAAUCAUUAUCCUAAUGGGGUUGUCACCGUUAACUGUGCUCGAAUUAUCCAUGGAAACCAGAUUGCAACAAAUGGUGUUGUACAUGUUAUUGACCGUGUCCUUACACAAAUUGGAACCUCCAUUCAAGACUUCAUAGAAGCAGAAGAUGAUCUCUCAUCUUUUAGAGCAGCUGCCAUUACAUCUGAUAUAUUGGAGACCCUUGGAAGAGAUGGUCAUUUCACGCUCUUUGCUCCAACCAAUGAGGCUUUUGAGAAACUCCCACGAGGGGUCCUAGAAAGGAUCAUGGGUGACAAAGUGGCUUCUGAAGCUUUGAUGAAAUACCACAUUUUAAAUAGUCUCCAGUGUUCUGAGGCCAUCAUGGGUGGAGCAGUCUUUGAGACCCUGGAAGGAAACACAAUUGAAAUAGGAUGUGAUGGUGACAGCAUAACAGUAAAUGGAAUCAAAAUGGUGAACAAAAAAGACAUUGUGACAAAUAAUGGUGUCAUCCAUUUGAUUGAUCAGGUCCUAAUUCCUGAUUCUGCCAAGCAAGUGAUUGAGCUGGCUGGAAAUCAACAAACCACUUUCACAGACCUAAUAGCCCAAUUAGGCCUGGCAUCUUCUCUGAGGCCAGAUGGAGAAUACACUUUACUGGCACCUGUGAACAAUGCAUUUUCUGAUGAUACUCUGAGCAUGGAUCAACGUCUUCUUAAGUUAAUUUUGCAAAAUCAUAUAUUGAAAGUAAAAGUUGGCCUUAAUGAGCUUUACAAUGGACAAGUACUUGAGACUAUUGGAGGCAAACAACUCAGAGUUUUUGUUUAUCGUACAGCUGUCUGCAUUGAAAAUUCUUGCAUGGUGAGAGGAAGCAAGCAAGGAAGAAAUGGUGCAAUCCACAUAUUCCGAGAGAUUAUAAAACCAGCAGAGCACUCAUUGCAUGAAAAAUUAAAGCAGGACAAGCGCUUUAGCAUCUUCCUCAGCCUACUUGAAGCUGCAGACUUGAAAGAUCUCCUGAAACAACCUGGAGAUUGGACCUUAUUUGUGCCAACCAAUGAUGCCUUUAAAGGAAUGACUAAUGAAGAAAAGGACAUUUUGAUUCGGAAUAAAAAUGCUCUUCAAAACAUCAUUCUUUACCAUUUGACACCAGGAGUUUUCAUUGGAAAGGGAUUUGAACCUGGUGUUACUAACAUUCUUAAGACCACACAAGGAAGCAAAAUUUAUCUGAAAGGAGUAAAUGAUACACUGCUGGUGAAUGAACUGAAAUCAAAAGAAUCUGACAUCAUGACAACAAACGGUGUCAUUCAUGUUGUAGAUAAGCUCCUCUAUCCAGCAGACUUACCAGUUGGAAAUGAUCAGCUGCUGGGAAUGCUUAAUAAACUGAUCAAAUACAUCCAAAUUAAGUUUGUCCGUGGUAGUGUUUUCAAAGAAAUUCCGAUGACUGUAUACACAACUAAAAUUAUAACCAAAAUUGUGGAACCAAAAAUUAAAGUGAUUGAAGGCAAUCUUCAGCCUAUUAUCAAAACUGAAGGACCCACAAUAACAAAGGUCAGAAUUGAAGAUGAACCUGAGUUCAGAUUGAUUAAAGAAGGUGACACAAUAACUGAAGUGAUUCAUGGAGAGCCAAUUAUUAAAAAAUACACCAAAAUUAUCGAGGGUAUGCCUGUGGAAAUAACUGAAAAGGAGACACGGGAAGAACGAAUCAUCAAAGGUCCUGAGAUCAAAUACACUAGGGUUUCUGCUGGUGGGGGAGACACAGAAGAAACUCUGAAGAAAUUUCUGAAAGAAGAAGUCACCAAGGUCACCAAAUUCAUUGAAGGGGGUGAUGGUCAAUUAUUUGAAGAUGAAGAAAUUAAAAGACUGCUUCAGGGAGAUACACCUAUGAGGAAAGCACAAGCCAACAAAAGAGUUCAAGGACCUAGAAGACGAUCAAGGGAAGGUCAUUCUCAGUGA